AUGAUAGCACGACAUAAAGAAUUGAGGGAGAAAAUUAGACAGUUAACCUCGUUGUAUGAUAUUACAUCGGCCGAAUUCAUCUACGAGGACCAAGAUCAAGACCCGACAGGAUCAUUGCGAAUUGAGGACAUACGGCUGGCAACCGGGAAACUAGAAGAUGAUCCCGCCCAAGUACAAGACGCCCUCUUCGAGGUGAAUCUGGGGACAGAUGAUUCGCCGAAGCCGAUAUAUAUCAACGCAGGACUGGACGAGGGAUUCAGAGAACAACUGGUCGCUCUACUCGUGGAGUUCCGCGACUGUUUUGCCUGGUCGUAUGAUGAGAUGCCGGGCCUUGACCCUGAUAUCGCCGAGCAUAAACUUCCAUUGAAAAGUGGGUUUCGGCCAUUUCGGCAACCUCCCCGGCGAAUGUCCAGGGAAGUGGAUACUCUCAUCCAGGAUGAGAUUAAGCGGCUGGAGGAUGCCAAGUUUAUUCGGGAAGCCCAGUACACCGAAUGGCUCUCUAACAUCGUGCCAGUGAUGAAGAAAAACGGGAAGCUAAGAGUAUGCGUAGAUUUUCGAAAUCUCAGCCUGGCCACACCCAAGGACGAAUACCCGAUGCCGGUGGCCGAUAUGCUAAUCGACAGGGCAGCUGGACACACGAUACUCACGGGCCGGCUUGGCAGCUGGAGUGUUUUGCUGAGAGGAAAAGAGACCGAUGAGUGGAUAUGGACGGACGAGCAACAGAGGGUGUUCGACGAUUUAAAAGGAUACUUGGCAAAACCUCCGGUUAUGACCCCUCCAAAGCCGAAUAAGCCGUUGUUACUAUACCUAUCGGCUGCACGCGAAUCCCUGGGAUGUAUGCUCGCCCAAGAGGACGAUGGGGUCGAGAGAGCAGUCUACUAUUUGAGCCGAGGACUGACGGACACAGAAAUUCGUUAUACCGACAUAGAAAAAAUGUGUCUAUGCCUGUACUUCACGUGCUGCAAGCUGCGAUAUUAUAUGUUGCCGGUCGUAGUGUACGUUUUGUCCCAGACCGAUAUCAUUAAGUAUAUCUUAUCAAAACCAUACCUAAGGAAUCGGAUUGGAAAAUGGGCGAUUGCAAUGUCCGAAUUCACAUUGGUGUAUGUGCCCCAAAGAGCAGUAAAAGGACAAGUAUUGACAGACUUCUUGGCCGAUCACCCUGGUAUUACCCUCAAGGAAGAAACAGUCACGUUCUUCGACAUUGCCGUAUGGAAGAUGUGGUUCGACGGAUCCAGGACAAGCCAGGGGGCAGGCGCGGGAGUACACAUCAUCACGCCCUUGGGGGCAUCCUACCAGUUGUCAUUCAGACUCCAGUUCGAAUGCACCAACAAUCAGGCAGAAUAUGAGGCCCUAAUAUUCGGUUUCGAGAUUUUAGCCGAGCUGGGGGCAAAGGCGAUCAGCGUCAAAGGAGAUUCUUUGCUAGUCAUUAAACAAGUAACAGGAGAAUUCAAAUGCGAGUCCGAGCUAUUGGUGAGAUAUUGCAACAAGGCGAAACACUUGGUCGAAGGCUUUCAGGAUACAAGGAUAGAAUACACAGAGAGGGCCGAUAACAGCGUUGCAAACGACCUAGCUCAGCACGGUAGUGGUUACAAGGUAAACCAUCAGUUCGACGCUAUAGAGAGGGAAACGCCGAAUCUCCACACUGGAGGAAUCACCAUCGACGAAAAACAAUUCUCCAUCUACCAGCUUGACGUUACCCAGGAUUGGAGGGCCGAGCUCCUGAAAUGGUUCGAACAGCCAGACCCCACGAAUAGAAGGUUGAGAACUUUGGCCCUAAAUUACGUGGUGUUAGCUGGCGAAUUAUAUAAGAAGGGCUUUGAGGGGCUACUCUUCAGAUGCAUCGGCCCGAAAGAAGCGAUGCUUGCAAUGGCCAAGGUGCACGAAGGGAUAGCAGGCGCUCACCAGGCGGGCCCCAGAAUGAGGUGGCUUAUCCACAAAUACGGCUUUUACUGGCCGAAAAUGGAACAGGACUGCAUAAGAUAUGCCAAAGGUUGCGAAGCUUGUCAGAAAUUCGGCCCUAUACAGCACGUCCCGGCCGAAGACCUGCACUCCAUCAUCAAGCCAUGGCCAUUCAGAGGAUGGGCGGUCGACCUGAUAGGAAAAAUAUAUCCUGGCUCGUCAGAUGGCCAUACUUCCGUCAUCAUCGCCACUUGCUACUUCACUAAGUGGGUCGAGGCCAAACCCUUAAAAUCACCAACGCAAGAAGCUGUCAUCAAAUUCUUCAAAGAAUAUAUCGUCCACAGACACGGAUUACCCGAAUCAAUAACCACUGACCAAGGGACGAUGUUCACAGGAGGCGAUAUUGUUUGGUGGGCCUCUCAAAUGAAGAUUAAAAUGUUACAUUCAACGCCAUACUACGCCCAAGCCAACGGACAGGCCGAAGCUACAAACAAAGCUAUCAAGCUUAUAGUUCAGAAGAUGAUUGAAGAAAACCCGAGACAAUGGCAUGUGCUCUUAUCAGAAGCAGUUUGGGCGAAUAGAACUAGCCAGAAAUCGGCCACCGGGACUUCGCCUUUCAGGCUGGUGUAUGGUUAUGAUGCAAUGUUGCCAAUGGAGCUGACAGUCGCGUCUACUCGCCGCAGAUACCAGAGCAAAUUAUCCAAAUACGAUUACUUUGACAAAAUGGUGAUAGAUUCUCUUGACCUUGACGAAGAACGUUUGACGGCGUUAGAUCACCUUGAGGCCCAGAAAAGAAGGGUCGAGAGGGCUUACAACAAACGAGUAAGACGAAAGACAUUUUCGGCGGGCGACAUAGUGUGGAAGGCAGUCUUGCCUAUCGGCCAUAAAGAUACUCGACUGGGCAAAUGGAGCCCCAACUGGGAAGGCCCCUUCAUUGUGGUCAACAAGUUAACAGGCGGUGCUUACUUGUUGGCGGACAUCGAUGGGGAAGAACACGACAGGGCGAUCAACGGUCAGUUCCUGAAGAAAUACGUCCCUAGUUGUUGGGAGGGCGUAGACCGUCGGUUAUUUGGAGCCAACGAAGAAUAG